AUGCCUAAACGUAUUUUAAUGUUACAUGGUUUGGCGCAAACUGGUGAAUAUUUCUCCUCUAAGACUAAGAACUUUCGUAUUGAAUUAGAAAAGCUAGGAUAUAGCUUAUACUAUCCUACAGCCCCCAAUAAAUAUUCUGCAGCAGAUUUGCCUGAAGAAAUAGGGUCCGCUGACAGUAGUACCAAUGAAUCACAUGAAGUUACAGCAUGGAUAGAGGACGAUUUAAUUAAUGAAAGCUACAAUUUACCACAAACUACAAUUACCUUUUUACACGACUAUGUUAUAGAGAAUGGUCCAUUUGAGGGAAUAAUAGGAUUUAGUCAAGGUGCCGGCGUUGCAGGCUUCUUGGUUACAGAUUUUAAUAAAUUGCUAGGUUUGACCAAAGAAGAACAACCACCUUUGAAAUUUUUCAUGUCCUUUAGUGGGUUUCGAUUCAGACCCGAUAAGUAUCAAGAACAGUACGAUAACCAUCCAAUAAGCAUACCUUCGUUACAUGUAAGGGGUGAUCUAGAUACAAUAACAUCUAGUGCUAAAGUUGAUGCCCUAUACAAUUCAUGCAAUGUUGAGAAUAGAACCAAAAUGAUACAUAAAGGUGGUCACUAUGUUCCAACAUCUAGAGGUGUAAUUAAAAAAAUGAUAGACUGGUUACAAGCGGUUAAUAAAUAUUAG